CAGAAACUGAAGCAUUAAUUGUUAGAGGAACUCUGAAAACAGGGUACUUACUCUGUAAUUUGCUGCAGCAACCUCGAAGCUAGUUCAAACUAGUGGGAGGUUGUGUGCAUCGUAGCGCACACAACACGAAAUCGAAAUCGAAAUCAUCAUCACCACAUUGAUCAAUCAAUAUUCAUUCGAUCAUCAAGAAUGGCUCGUGGAAAGGUUCAGCUGAGGCGAAUUGAGAACCCGGUGCAUAGGCAAGUUACCUUCUGCAAGCGGCGAGCAGGGCUUCUGAAGAAGGCUAAGGAGCUUUCUGUGCUGUGUGAUGCUGAAAUUGGCCUUGUCAUUUUCUCCGCGCAAGGAAAGCUCUAUGAACUCACCACCAAAGGAACUAUGCAAGGGCUCAUAGAGAGGUACAUGAAUUACACACGAGAGGCUGAACCUGAAGCAGUCACUCAAGCGCGUCCUCUGGAUGCUAAAGAGGAAACCAAUGUGCUAAAACAAGAAAUCGACAAAUUGCAAAAGGGUAUCAGGUAUUUGUUUGGAGGAGGAUUGGGGACAAUGAAAAUGGAUGAAUUACACGUGCUGGAAAAGAAUCUUGAAACUUGGAUUUAUCAUGUUCGCUCCAUGAAGAUGAACAUCAUGUUACAAGAAAUUCAAGCUUUGAGAGAUAAGGAGGGAACACUUAAGGCGGCAAAUAAAUAUCUUCAUGACAUGGUUGUGGAGAAUACUUCAGUUACUAACUUUGAUCCAUUUGCUACUGAUCCUUUAUACCCACUAAUUAUACAAGAUGGGGGUUUUCAGUUCUAGGAGAAUUAACAUUUUAUAUCUUCUAAUAAGGGGGGAAAUGACAAUUAUGUUGGAUUGUAAAAUAUUAAAUAUGAUACGAAGUAUGAUCUAUGUCCUACAAAUAAUUUGUGUGGUUUGGAAUAAGGUGUGACAUUAAUGUAUGAUUCCAAUACUUUUUGGAAUAAAUUUGAAAUUUUAAAGUAAUAAAUGCUUGGUUUGAUGCUA